GGUGAUCGGAGCCAAUAGCAAGCUUAGACUUUGAUAAUAUCCCCAUGCGGUGACUGAGAGGAGUCAGUGCAAAGCCUCUCUCCUCCAGUGGGUCUCUCCAGGCAAGGCAGCUCCAGCUCCUGGCGUAGCGAGGCGCGCGAAGCUCUCCCGCAGCAGACAUCCCUAUGGGCAUCGGAGCAGAGACCUUGGCAGAGCCCACUUGCUAAAGCCACUGCCCUGGAAUAUAUACCUCUAAAACCCGGGACAGAGAGAGCAGGCGAAAGCUGUUCCAGCAACAGACAGGUACUCCAUCCUAGCUGGGGUUCAUUUGCAUUCAUAUUUAUUGACUUGUGCAUGUAUGUGCCUGUGUUUUGGCCCAAUACCUUCAGAUGCAUUGAAAUAGGGCGUAGGGUGCCUUGGAUAAUCGAGGUUAUAUGUAAGAAUGUGAGUGUGAGUUUAUUAUUUUAACCCUUGGAAUUUUUCACUUCUUUUUUUUUUUAAUGGGGAAAUUCCUCUCCAGCUAUUUUUUACCUGGGUGGGCGAUCUGCACAUGGAACCAGUCCUCCUUUAUUUGUGAUAAAACGUGUUCUGAAAAUGCAACACCCCUCUUCUAAGGCAUUACCUACGAUGUGAACCUCAGUCUUUGGGAAGAUCCAGUCUCCCAGCAUCCUGGUUUUAGACGAAAACCCACGUCAGUUUUCAUGGGUCCUCCUGCUCUCAGCAGCCUAGUUCGUGCCGAGUCCUGUAGCUCUAAGGGACCGCGGUUUUACACCUGGGGUUUGUCUUGAGGAAUGCGUAGGGCGCUUCUUUCCCUGCCGGGGAAAAGCAAAUUUGACUCCUGGGCGAGGGUGAAGGCAACACCAGGGUGGGGGUGAGAUAGACGUGGCUGGAUGAAGGUCUGACUCCGCUUUGCAUCCUUCUGUACUUUGAGUUGAUUAUAGAACCUCACCCUAAAAUAGCUCCAAGUACACAUGGCACCAUUUUUAACCAUGUAUUUUGAAUAUAUACAGUAUAAUUUUAGAUAUUUUGAAGAGGUGCAUCACCAUAAUAGAAGUGCUUCUCUAUCCCAGGUUCCCCCCUCCCACUUUAAAAACUGAAGCAAGAAUUUUUUGCAUUUGUGUAAUACUUUAAUAAACCUUGGUGCCAGCUAUCUUUUCAAAAUUGCAGAGGCGCUUUUAUUUUUAGUGAAGGGUUGUGCAAGUGGUUAUAUAACUUUCUUUGGGGGAUUUUCGAGGACAAAAUUAAUAGCUUAUAACAGGCUAGACUUUUCUUUAUUUUCGAGAGGGCAAAGUUCUUAAAGAGGGGCGAAAGGACUGCAGCGUUGAAAAGCACUCACUUUAAAAGCCUCUUGAAUGCUGUAAGGUGAACCUGAGUCCCAGCCAGCCCCAAUCGCUAUAGAAAAUGGUUUUGAUGUAAAUCUGCAGGAAUCCAAACAAUGCCUUCUGAAUAAAAUAGCAACAGGUGCAAGAUCCACUUGCUGUGCCUUAAUUAGCACUUAGCAUAUCAGACCACAUCAGUGCUACUGCAUGCUAAUUCACUAUGAAAUCUAACAUCAGUUCAGGUUCUUGACUUCCCACCAACAGAAAUACAAUGCAGGCACUGUGCUGCCUUGCUGGAUUAAUUUUCUUUACUGUAGAAUAAGGUUAGGAAAUAAAUAUUGCCUAAAUCAUUGUUCUGGUAUGCGGACUGAAAAAUCAAGCAAGGCUUAUUUUCUUUUAUUUUCUUUGUCUGUCUUUGCUCUUUUGCUGCCCAUUCAUUAUAAAGCUGAAGGCAGAAUAAAAAGAUUAUCACACCUCGUUGAAAAUUGAUCAGAAAAUGUCCAGACCUAUCUCAACACCAGUUAUAGCUUGUGCACUCAAAACCUUAAAUGAUUUUGAGCCUAAGGACGCUCAUGCACAAGAAGUACUUCCCUGUGUGGUUGCAAUCCUGCACAUAUACACUUGGUGUUGCCCUCUUAGAUUCAGUCAGAAUUACUGUGAAUAAGUAAGUGAUUAUGGCAUGUAACAUGCCAACCCUGAUCAUAGACCCAGAUAGUUGGAAUAAAAUGUUAAUGAUUUCAAUGGACAAUAAAUUGGUUUACAAGCAAUCGGCCCCAAUCCAGAUAAAGGUAGUGACGUCCAAUACUUGCUGAAAUCAAUAGAACAAACUGGGGACAAUGAACGUAAUGGAACUUAAUGGUGUCUUGAUAGAACAAGAAGUCACACCUGGCUCAGAGAGUGGCAAUAUCAAUUAGAUGCCAGAGCGGCAUUUGUCACCAAUUUUUUAAAAAUAAAACCAAUGCGUUUCUGACAUAACAUUCUGUGCUCAUAAUCAUGUGAAAGGCUCAUGUCUGAAACCCUAGAGAGCUGCUGCCAGUCAGAGUAGACAACAUUGAACCGGAUGGACAAAUGGUCUGACUCUGUGUAAGGCAGCUUCCUAUGUUUAUUACAUCAUAAGCUUAUUUUAUGCCAUAAUAAAUAUGCUAGUUUUUAAGGUGCCACAAGACUAUUGCUGCAGGGGAGGAGACACUGUCGAAGUUGGAAAAUGUUACUUAGGGUUAUGGAAUCUGAUGAACAAAUUUGUUUAGGUCGCAUAGUUGAAUAGUGUGAAAUAAGAUAAUAAAAUGUUGCAUGAUCCCUGUUCCUGUGUCAGGUUCCCUACAAAUCUGGUAUGAAUGGGUUCAGAAGAGCAACCUCAGCCGUUCUGUAAGCAUGCAGAAGCAAUGAGAAAAGCUUUGACUCUGCUUGGAAAAGGUGGAUUUGGUUUUAGCUGCUGAGAUAGGAUAUUUAUCUAUGAAUAAUCUGCAUGGCACUUAACUGGUUUUUACAAAUGCACCACACUAAAAAAAGGGGUAUGUGUAAAUUGCAAUUUAUUUACUUACAGCCUUCUUAUACCACACAUUAACACCAAAUUAGUCAUUAUGGCAGGGGAAGUGAGUAUGACUUACAAAGACAGCCCAGUUAUCAUAUUAUUGUAAACUGAUGUCUGACCUUAAUUUCCACAUAUCUACACAGUGAAGAUUAGGAGCAACAUCAUGUAGAGAAAACCAUGUGUGACACAAAGUCUACACAAAUCAGUCCUGCUUCCCUCUAUAGUCCCUCCUUGUCAAAUCCAUUGCUCAUCUUUUCCCAGUGGGUACAGAAUGGCUCCCCCCCCCCAAAAAAAAAACAUGUCUGGGUCAAUUCAGAGCUGGCCCUACCGUUAGGCAAAGGGAAGUGAUCACAUCAGGCAGUGGGUGCUGGGGUCCAGACCACCCCCUUGCUUUUAUCCUCCUGAACUGAAGCUGCCAAUGCAUGCUUGUUCCUGGGCUGGGUUAUCUGUCUGGCUGUUUCAUCUAAGAAUGCAAGAAAAGCCUGCAGGAUCAGGCUAAUAAGCCCAUUAGUCCAGCAUCCUAAUGUUCCCACAGUGGCCUGUAAGAUGCUUGUGGGAAACCUGCAAGCUCGGGGAAGCCUGAGCCCAAGAGCAUUUCCCCCUACUGCCGUUUUUAGCAACUGAUAUUCAGAAAAAUCACUGCCUCCAACUCUGGCAUAGCCUUAUUCUCCAUGAAUUGUCUCAUCGACUUUCCACACCAUCCAAGUUGGUGGCAAUCACUUGCCUCCUGUAGAAGCGAGUUCCAUAGAUUUGGAAGCACCUUCUUCCAUCUUCUCUGAAACUUCCAACGUUCCUUGGAGGUCCACAAGUUGUAGUGUGACAGCAGAGGGAGAAGAGCUUUUGUGUCUCUCCACUUUCCCCCAGGCCAUGCAUCAUUUGAUAGUCUCCUUUCCCCAAUGUGUGGCAAGCAGUGCCACUGGUAAAUGGCACCGAAUGAGUGAACAGGCAGAGAGGCAGCCAGCACUUGACACAGUGCAUCAGACAUCAAUCGCAGACGUGUGCUGCCAUCCUCAAAUGGUGCGUCUCAUGCACAUUUGGGCAGGGAACAAGCCAAGCCACGAGUGAGCCAGGUGUUGCAGCCCAGAGCUGUGCGUGCUAUGCAGUUCUGCCAUAUGUUUCAUUCUUAUAUUGUGGGCUUUUGUCAUUCUGGAGUUGUGAUAGGACAGAUGUGUGCUGUCUAGUUCAUCUCCCCGCUCCCCUCAAAAAAUGUAUCAAACGGAGAAGGCUGGAGAGAACAAUAUCCUGGGAACGUCAGCUGCGCAUCUGAUGAAUAGUGGUUGACAGCAGCUGAAGAUGUGAGGCUUCUCAGGGAGAACGAGCCCCUGGUUUCCCCCCUCUCCUGUCUUGUGGCUUACGAAAAAACACACAGCAGUAAUAAAAAUACUUAAACACUCUAGGGAGAUUCUCAGUGACUCCUCUUUGCUUUGGUUAGCAGAUCUGCAGGAAACUCAAGACAAAUCCUGUGAAUCUGUCUGCCUUCUUCUGGGGAGUUCAAUCAUUCGGGAUGCUGCCAUGCACUUUGCCUGCCAUUUGCAUCAACACAGACUCCCAAACUGGAGUUGGGAGCCGCCGGUGUUUACAUUAGCAACGGCAGUGGCUGGAAUCUGCUGAUCCAUAACCCGUCGGAUAGAGGGGUUAAGCCUGGAACUGGGAGAGCAGAUCUCUCAUCCCAGCAUGGCCAUGGGCUCAGUGGUUGUGACCUUACGCAAAUUACUCUCGGCCUCAGUUUCCCUUUUGUAAAAUCAGAUAGGAGGGACCUCUGUCUCAUUCUGGAAAAAAAAUCCAUUGCUGUUUGAAACUCGGGUAUAUAAGCUAACUGCCAAUGGCACCUUAAACCCAGGUUACAGUCACCACAAUGGGAUGUCGGGGUGCCCUUUUUUAAGUUGUGAGAUUUAUUCUUCUUCUUCAUUUCAUUUUUAUACUAUCAUCAUCAUAAUUUAUUUUGGUCAAUGACCAGCUACUACUUUAUAUUUUAAAUAAAAAAUCUCAAAGCGGUUUACCACACAUUAAAACAUCAAAUAAAACAAUCCAGAAUAAAAGAAAUUCAAACUUCAAGGAAAAUAUUUCAGAUCCUUCUCUAAGUGACGUUUUGCUUUCCCUAUAUUUCUUUACCUACUUCAUUUAUAUAGCUGCCCCAUAGCAGAAGUACUCUAGGAAGCCAAUGUGGUGUAGUGGUUAGCAUGUCAGACUAGGACCUGGGAGAUCAGGGUUCAAAUCCCCACUCAGUCGUUGUCGUGGGGAUUAACUGGGGGGGAGGGAGGGCAGUGAACCAUGUACUCAUUGGAGAAAAAGGUCAGAUAUAAAUGCAAUAAAUAAGUUCUUCUGCUUACCUACCUAAGAAAGCUGGAGGGGCCAGCCAGAUGGAGAUGUCAGUCGAAUCCAUAGAUCUCCACAUGGUCACAACUGGACCCACACCAGUUGCAAAACACGUCUGGCACCUGGGGAAUUUCUAACGCUGACUGAUAGGGGUAGCCUUGGUGGUGUGGGGCAGGGAGUGGUGAGUGAAAGAGAGAGGGAGAUAGAGAACCUGUGUGUGUGCACUUGAGGAUAUGCUUCUAAGAACCUAAGAACCCUUCUGGACCAGACCAAAGAGCUCUCUCUUGCAGAGUGACAAACCAAAUACCUCCAUAAGCCCUCAUUACUGAAAGCCAUAUGCAUGAUGCCCCACUGAAACUGGUAUUUAGAGGUAUACUGCUUAUUAAUAUGGAGGUUCCAUUUAGCUAGUACGCCUAAUCACCAUUGAUAGACCUGUCAUCAGCCUAUCUAUUUGCCUAAUUCUCUUUCAAAGUCAUCUAUGCUACGGGCUAUUUCUGUAUCCUGUUGCCAGGAACAGUAUGAAGUACUUUCUGUUUUCUGUCCUUUAUUUUAGUUUUAAACUGGAAGCUGUUAAUUCAUAUCUUUACUGGAUAUUAUUACAAAGUUUCCCAAAAAGUAUAGGAUUCAACAUUAUCUUGUCUUUUGCUGCUUAGUACAUAAAGAAGAGAUGCUAUUUUAAAACAAAGCAGGCAUUAAGUUGUCUUUGUUCCCUUGCCCAAACGACAUUUGUCAAUUUUGUCAUUUGGACCACUUCCCAUACCCUAAAUAUUCCCUAAAUAUUGAUACUGACCCACCAUUACAACUAAUUGCCAUAAAAGCAACAGGUAAAGUGGCAACAUUUCUCUGUCCUCUAGUAAGACCAGAACAUUAAUGUGUCCAAAUAUGAUAACUAGUGGUUCCGAAUGGUAAUGCAUAUUCUGCAAUAAUCUCACUUUGCCCUUUAUUCAUUACCUUUUAUUUCACUGCGUCUCCCUCAGCUUUAGUAUUAUUGAGAAAAGCUUCUAUCUAUCCAUUUUCUCCGCACUGUGCAUAAUUUUUUAAUUUUUUUUUUUUAAAUCUAAACUAAAAAGUUCCAUGUGCUUUGCCUUUCCUCUUAGGGAAAUCUUUAACUAGUUUUCAUUAGUGUUUAAAACUUUAAUAAACACACCCAACUGUUUUCCACAACUUGCUCUGAGCAUAAGGGUGGCAACAGGAACAGUCAAACCAAAACACUCAUGCACCGAUUGCUGUGGUUCUGGUGAUUCCUUUUGUUCAAAGUUCUCGUUUUAAAUCUUAUCCUCUGGAAAAUCUGCAUAAUCACAGAAACCAUUGUGGGCAUCAGAAAAAGAAAAGACAGAAAGAGAAAAGGGAACAUGUACACACCACAGCAAUGAUUCCUCUACAUUAUUGCUUCCUUUGUCUCGGAAAGCUCUAAUCCAUAUGUAAUCUUGCAGUCCAAUCCUAUGCAUAUGUAUCUAAAAAGGUAAAGGUAAAGGACCCCUGACAGUUAAGUCCAGUCACAGACGACUCUGGGGUUGCGGCGCUCGUCUCGCUUUACAGGUGCUUUACUCUAGAAGCAAAUCCCCUUGAAUUAAAUGAAAAUUAUCUCUACUGUAAGCAGGUAAGCAUAUGUUGGGUGGCAGGCAAUAUUGCUGUAUGUGCUGAACAGCUCAGUUGGUAGAGCAUGAGACUCUUAAUUUCAGGGUUGUGGGUUCGAGUCCCGUGUCGGGAGAAAGAUUCAUGAAUUGCAGGGGGCUGGACUAAAUGACCCUUGUGGUCUCUGCCAACUCAUUGAUUCUAUGAAAACUAGUCACUCAGAGCCCUUAACCACAUAUUUAGCAAACUGCUAGCUGGAAGACAGUAGUACACUUAAUUGGGUUGCCUUCCCGGACCUUAACAGAGCUGAUGUAUAUUUAAGAGUUUCUCAGAAAAGAAAAUGUACCAUGUGCAGCUUCAUCCCUUACUCUAGCUCUGUGAUGGGAGAAGAAAUGAAUGGUGAUGAAAUUGGUCCUUCUAUGAGACUCUAAAAGGUGCGGCAGACUUCCCAGGGUCUGAACCUGGUAAUGUUAGCAGCCAGCAGCAUCUCUUCCUAGAGUGGGCACUGCCAGGUGGGUAUGAUCUAGCUCCACUUCCUUAAGGCCCCCCAUGACCCAGUGUGAGUCUCUCUCUCUCUCUCUCUCUCUCUCUCUGUCUCUGUCUCUCUCUCUCUCAAUAAGAGACAGCUGAAGUACCAAAACAGUUUAGCAAACAACGUUCUGUACUGUACUAUACUAUAUGUGAUCACGUACUGCCUCUUGGCAGCUAGGCUAGAGAUCACUAAGCCCUGGAAAAAUAUGGAAUUACUAUUUCUCAAUGGCAUAAAGCUUCAUGGUGGCUUGUUCUCAUGGAAGCACUAUGCGGCAAGGAGAUGUACUUUAUGGCAUGGCACAAAACGACUGCUUUAUUGAUCAUUCGUAUCACAUGCUAACAGAAAUCAAGACGCGUAACUUCCCCCUCGGCCUCGUACCACAUUCUGGAAGGAUGUGAGUUCUUUACAAUAUCACAGCACAUUGUCUAAUGCAGCCUUUCUGCCAGCUGGUGCUCUCCAGAUGUUUUGCACAGCUGCUCGCAUCUGCCCCAACCAGCAGCUUGGGAAAGGCUGAUCUAAUGCACGACUCUCUUUUUAUACUAAUUUUCUUGCAAUGUGUACGUCAUUCAGUUCUGCUUCAAGUUUGACCUCCCCCCCCCCUUUGCAAUUCUGAAAUGCUUAAUAAAAAAUCAGGAUGAUAGCCAGUGUUAGCUGUAUUCAGAACAGACCCAUUCCAAUCAAUCUUUUCAGAAUAUGACUAAUAUUGGCUGUCCCCCAUAGCUGAUACAUAUGUUAUCACACCUACAAAUCAGAAGAUUUGUUAUCUGUCAAAAUCAGUGCUUGGAAAGAACUAGUUCAGUUUAACAAAGUGCACUGAAUUAGUUCAAAAAUACCUGAACUAGGUCUGAGAGCAGUUCCCAUAACUGCCAGAUGAACUGAAUGUGAAUUGAGUUUGUUUUCCAGUAGAGCUUUGAAUGAUUCCUAUUGCAUCUUCAAGUUCAUUCUCCUAUUAUAAGAGAAUGAUGUGGUGUUUUUUUUUACUCUUUAGACACUUUGGAGCUUUUAGCUUAAAGUUUUUUAUGCUGUGAACCACCCAGAGAACUGUGGAUGAAGGGCAGUAUAAAUAAUAAUAAUAAUAAUAAUAAUAAUAACAACAACAAUAAUGUCCAUAAUUUUUGGAAAAGAACAAUGCACAUUCCGCUGUGUGUGUUUCAAUGUUUUCUUAGUCUUCUUAAGUAUAAUUUAUACUUCAACACUGAAUUCUGAAUUUUUUCCCCCCAAAGACAAUAUGGAUUAACUUGAACUGUGAACUGAACUAGUUCAAUUUGUAAAGGGCUCAGCAUGAACUGGAAUUCGUUCCUUUUUUGACGUGUUGAACUUGAGCUAGAACUUGUUCCAUUUUAUAAUGAGCUUUCCAGGCUCUGGUCACAAUGCAUACAAUACAUGUACCUUCCAAGAGCCUAGUCAUGUUUGUCUCAUAAUAAGACCCACUGAGUUUAAAGCUGCACACCUACAAGAUAGUAGGCCCUGUUGAACAUAGUAGGACUUCUGAGGGAAAAUGCAAAGAUGGGACUGAAUGAUGCAUUCAUAAAACCCAAAGACUGACUUUGAGCAGAAACUAAUGGCAUUCUCCUCAUCUCUUCUCCACUAAUGAGAAUUCCAUGGGGAGUGGAGUUGCGAUGUGAACAAGACUGUUUGUGUGCCAGCAUAUUUCAUAGUGCGGAUCUAUGGUAUUUGCACAGUGCCAGGUGGGACAGGUGGCAAAGGUUUCUAUUUGGUAAUUAAGGGAAAUGGAAACAUCUGAUUAAAGAAUGGCGAAUGCCGGAAGAGUUACUAGCACUGCACCACUGGAAAACUCUGGGUUGCAUUUAAUUUAGCUGUGCUCAGAGCAGAAUCAUUAAAAUGAAUGACCAGGACUAAUUAAUUUCAGUGAAGCUACUUUAUAGCAAAAUAGCUUGGUACAGUCUGAAAUUCAGGCUUUGAGUGUAGAAUGUCCCAGGUUCCUUUUUGAAAUUUUAUUAAAGCUUGAAGGAACAUAGAAAAAAACAGUGUACAGAAAUAAACAUCAAAUAUCAAGCAUUUUUAAAUAUAAAAAUUAAAAGAAAAUAGAGAAGAAAAAAAGAGAAAAGGAUAAAAAUCCCAGUUCUCCAUUUAUCACCUUCAAAAACUUGUGCAAAAUUAUUGCUUCAUAAUAACAUUCAACUCUUCUACUUUCCGUAAACCAACCAAGUUCAUUUUCCUCAUUGCACAGAAAGUCAACUCUUGUCCUCACCAGUUAGCUUGCACGCUCUCUCCCUCUCUCUCAUGCCUCACUUUGUCCUCCUCCCUUGCUCCAUAGAAAACAUUUACUGUUAGAAGAAAAAAUCAUUCAGGGAACACAGCACAGAGACAGGGUUAACAAAAGUUUCAUAAUUUUAGCACAAUGUGCCACCAGCCUAUCCCCAUCCAGACUGGGCUCUGAACCUGGCACCAGCGGCUAAGCACUUACUUUAGAGUAACACCACUGAAGGCAGUUCAUCUGAGGUUUGACAACUGCAGCCAGAGAUUUUAUCAAAAGUAAUCAAAAUCCACCCUUUAUAAAAACAAGCUUGUUUCUUUGGUUUAUAAUAAUAUAGCAUUUUAGGCUUUGAAGUUUCAUUGGGAAAUGUUGUGUUGUGCCUUUCCAAAACAAGACAAAGUCAGUCCUGGACAUAGCCACCAUUUUAUUUUAUUUUAACAAGCAACAUCUAUUUUUCCAAGGGGAGUGUUUGCCAGAAUUCUGCAGUAUGUUUACUAUGAUAGGGUUAAAGGAAAUUUGAAAGUCAAACUCAGCUCAGUAGGAAACUGAUAAACACGCAUUGUGCCUGUAGGGACACUGCCCAGCAGCACUGGGGAAUUUACCAUUUAAUUUUAUUUAACAGUUCAGGUUUAUCCUAUAAACAGAUAUCUCUGCCCACUAUAACUGUGCCAGAUCUCCCAAAGGUUGGAAAACAGGACUGUAAUUUGCAAUCAUCUCAUUCUGUGGGAUUCCCAAAAGACAGAAUGCCCUAUCUAUGGAUCUCAUUCCUUUCCAAAGACAUGAUUUAAUUCCUGGCACUGUUGACCAGGGUCAAGGUUUAAAGAGACAAAGUUGUAAACAGUGAUUCUCAGACACUAAGUAAGGAUAGGGUGUAACCCCUUAGAAAAGUUGAUCUGGAAGAGGAGUGGAGAGCAAUAUAUUUUGGAUUCAUUUCUGGAAUUGGCAGCCUCUUCCAAAUGAGAGAGUAUUCUGGGAACUUGAGCUUAUUCCUGAUUGUUUAGUUGUGCAAUGAUCACUGUCCCCGUAUGAGAGCGUUUUUAAGAACACUGAAUAGAGGUCAUGCUGAUACUUUUCAGAUUUUAAAUACAUAGUACGAGAUGGAACAAUAUUUGCAUCCCAAGGUGAGCAUGAAUAGUGAAUUGUGAAAAAGGUAAAGAGAAGAGCUUUACCUACAGAGUGCCUAAUUUUGUGGACUGGGCAAAUUCAGAAGGUAGUAUACAUUGACUGUCGUGUGGCUUCUGGCAAAUCUCCAUUUGAAAUAAGUGGGUUAAGAAAUACAUGUGGCUUAAGAUGUGAAUACAUCUCAGAAAACAAUACAUUCUAAAUUGCUUAUACCAAACCAGAAUAAGGAAAGCAGUGGUGUUUCAGCAGGGUCUGGUUGGGAAUUUUCAAUUACUUAUAUAAAUGCAAGAGGAAGGAGGCUCAGAUUUAUUAAUGUCCCAAAAUGUGGAAAGUCUGCUUGCCUUUAUAGCAAAUUGGGUUAAUUUUCUGUCGAUUUAAUCAACUGAUAGAAUCAGCUGAAAGAACAGGAGGUGAGAACAGUAAAAAUGAAGCCAAUAGAGGAUAUUGUAAUUACUGUCCAUAAAACACACAGGCUAAGGGAGCAAUCCAAACCCAGUUUCCACUGGGAUGAGCAGAGUUUGGAAGAGGUGGAUCUUCAACUGAGCUGAGGACAGAGAAAGUCUUGGAGAAUACAUGUUCCUGUGGUGUGGCAGGGCUGGGAUUGGGGAGGCUGACCCUGAUUCCAAACUCCAUUCAGCUCAGCCAUGCGACCUUCAACCUAGUGGAGUUACACUGUAAAAAGUCUAAACUGUUUUAAAGGCUUCUUUCCCUUCUGCCUGGCUUGGGUUGGCCUCAAGUCAACAGGAACCCCAUUCCUGGAAUAGGAGUAAAUUACACUGGUGUAAAUUACCCCAGUAGGAGUAAAUUACCCCAGCAUAAAUCACACUGACUUUGUAUAGCUUAGUUUGCUCUUCCAGCACACAAUUGCAAUAUAGGAGAGCCUGACUCAGUGGCCACAAGGGCCAAACUGUCAGCAUUUUGUGGAAGGGUUUCGAGCACAUAACAGGAAAUAUAGGUUUGCUCAAUAAAAGUGGAUUAAAAUAAUCUGCCGCUCUAGCACAGCAAAUCUACUUUCAAAUGAAAUGCCCUUUUUACAGUUAGCAAAGUGGCAGAUGCAUUGAAAAGUGUGGCAUGAAGAAAUCAGCAUUGGGAAGACAUCUAAAUACCCAUCAAGCAAAUCAGGAUGAAUGCAAGAUGAAUGCUCACUGUUGUAUAACUUGCUCACAAAAAAAUAAGAGUGAAUGCUAAGCCCCAUGUAAACUUUGUGCAAACAAAUUGGGAUGAAUGCUCAGUGAAUAGUUCAGGCAUGGGCAAACUCGGCCCUCCAGAUGUUUUGGGACUGCAAUUCCCAUCAUCCCUAGCUAACAGGAUGAGUGUCAGGGAUGAUGGGAGUUGUAGUCCCACAACAUCUGGAGGGCCGAGUUUGCCUAUGCCUGGAAUAGUUCAUCUGGAGGAGUCCUGAAUUUUUUCAAAGACUGCCUGACUCUUAGGCUGAAAUCCUCAGGUAGGGAAGUAUGGAGGGACCAGAAAAGCAGUUGAUCGUCUGCAUCCAAUUCCCCACUGGGCUUUCAUCAGCUGGACAGAAAUGAAAGUGGAAAAGCUCUCUGGUAUUCCUCUGUUCAUUACUACUUUUGAAAUUUGAUUUUCCUCCCACUGGAAGGGAAAUAAACUAUACCAGUUCCUGGGCUGGCAUACCCCUACCCCACCCUAGUUAGGGAGCAUGGUGAGAGAGUGGAAGAGCAUUGGAUCCAUGCCUUCCCCUGACCAAUGCCUGGCAGUUCCCAAAAUCGCUUCUGGCACACCCCCUUUUCAGCCCUACAAAUUUCACAGGGCAAGGCAAAGUUUCGUUGGGAGUGGGGAAGGGAAUCCAAGAAUGGGGCAUUCUCUUUGUCUGUGGAGAGAGAGAUAUGAUGCUAUGGUCCCUGUGAUGCCCUCUCAGGGACCACAGGAUGACAGGGCCAAUUUUAUUUCUUAACUCACAAUCCUCGUUUUCACAUACUAUGUUUGAAACCUGGGGCUUUAAAUAUUGACAAAGCAAUCAACCAUUCUAUAUUCCCAGGGUUCCCCCCCCCGACCCAUUUCACAGAGUUACUGGCAACAUAGAAGCUAAGAGCACAAGUACUUAGCCCUCCCCCCAGUCAAAUCCCAGAUCAGCUAUAAAUUUGCUAGAUAACCUUGAGCAAAGCAGCAUCUCUGAACCAGUUUCCCAGUGGCAAUCUGGAGAGAAUAAUAGUGGCCCACUUUACUGGAUUAUUAUAGGAACGACUGAGCCCAGUUCACCUGUGUGAACCUUCUUCUUUGUGGUUGGCUCCCAUGUUGCAUUGGUAACCUGUGAAAGCAUCAUUCAAUGGCUGCUCCCUACAACAACCUGAUGGAUGGUACAAGGAUGAGAUGUGAACUCACCUGAUGAUCCAGGCACCUCAUAUGACUGGCAGCUUUGUAUAUUGCCAAUGGGAAGGGCUGAGUACACAGAAGUGUGUUAGUUGAGAGAUUCUACAUCAGUGAUGAGGCAUGAAGGACAUAUGAAAGCCAUUCCUCUGGAAGCAAAUUGUUAGUGUUUGGCACUUGGAUGCCAAACACAUAGGGCUUUGCAAAGUUGACCCUCUUUCCCAACUUUCUGCAGUCGUGUCAUGGUAUUAAGCCUCUUGUCUUGGUUGUGAGAUGCAACACACUAUGGUUUGCCUGAUCAGGUUAACAGUGAAUGUGGCCCUUCUUUUCUAAGGUACAGGAUAUUUGAAAUGGCAGAAAUACCUGUAUCAAAACUGUUGGUUUAUAUCUAUAUACAUAUAUUUACACAAGCGUGCUAUUUCCUGCUAUUAUGCUCUGUUCCCACCAUGAUCCAUGUUGCUUCCUUUCUGGAACAGUGUGAGCAAAACAGUCUCUGCUUGUCUUAGAAUGUCCCCCAGACAUUCCCUGGUGUUCAUUUGCAGUUAUACACAUGCAAAGGAAUUACUCAUGAGCUGCCACAUAGUAGGCAGUUUAAAAUUUCAAACAUGGCUGGGCAGGCUGGAUGGAGUGUGUCUUGGCAGUCAAUUCACUUGCAUUUGUUGUUUUGGAGUGGCAAGUCUGUGAUAGAACAUUUUGUGGAAUCCACUUCUUCUUCAAUUGGUCUGCAGUACAGCCCCAGACCAGUCUGGAGUGUUGGCCAUUCGGAGGUGUGGAAUGAAACAACUGCUCUUGGGACUGUGGUGUAAGCAUCAUCAGAAGGACAAUAACCCUGUUCACACAUAACAGUCAGUCAAUCACCUUGGCUUAAUAAGCCAUCAUGCUUUGUCACAGCCCAAUUGCUCCCAUUUUGCUCCUCCAUUUGCAUGAGUGAGUAGGCAGAUAGCUUAGCAUUACAUCUGAGCCUGGGAUCAUGGUUUGUUUCUCCCUAACAAGCUAGAAUUUAUAAGCCAUCAACAAACCAUGUUUAAAGGCAUAUUAUAGGCUUCUUGGGGAGAACCAGACUUUGAUCCUAGGUCCAGAUGCUUUGCUUACCCACUCACACUAAGGGAGAAAUGAUGGAGGAGUGACCAGGCUAUGUACACCUACACAGCAUGGUUUGCUAAGCCAAGGUUGUUGUUACUGUUGUUACUGAACGUGGCCUUUUCCCAUUCAGAUCAGAUGGGACUGGAAAGACAAUGUCUUUUGCUUUUCGUUGGUGAGACCAGCGUUGCUUCUUGUGAUGGCGGUGGGAGGAGCAGAAGAGAUGAGCUCGUGGGUGGCAUGUUUAGCCAAGAGUGGAGUCCUUCUUCACUGAACUAACAUUUUAAGGUUUCCUAAAAUCCCCUGUGGUUUAGACAUGCCCUUAAUUUGGAGCUGGGGCAUAUGUUAGACCUGUUACUGUUUUUUAAGAAAUUACGUAGAAGCCUGUUCUGUUAGGUAAUCUGCACAAUGGCUGAUGUGCGAAUAUGCUGUUAGUUUUUCUUGUAAAACUUUCAUUCUAAAUGAGAAAGUGUUUUAAAAUAUGUUUUUCCAUCUGAAUAUAUUUGUGAUGGAUCGUGAGUUUAAUGAGUAAAAUACCUUGAGUCCUACUGCCAAAACCUUUCUUCCCAGUCUAGGUCACCUUUCCCUAUCAGAUUAUUUGAUUUACUUUAAAAGAUGUCUGUUAGCUGAACCCAGGCUUCACACAUAUUUACCUAGCUUAAUAAAACUCCUUACACAGAUAACUUAAUCAAAGAAAUGUGAAUGUUUUAAUGAGGCACAUAUAGGACAUUCCUGAUGGAUUCAAAUAGGCUUACUCUCUUAAGAGGGAAUAUGUUAAAAAGUCACUAAGAACUACACAAAUGGCACGCAAGUUCACAUUUUUAGGUGGGUGUUGGGAGCUCUGCUGGCCUGGUGGAGGCAUACAUCAUGCCUUAGGUGGGACAACACUUCCCUGAAGGAGCAAGUGCAGAAUUUUAGGGUGCUCCUAGAUCUGGCAUGGGUGCUCAGCUAGUGAUAAUAAUAAUAAUCAUAAUCAUUUUUUAUUUGUACCCCGCCCUCCCUGGCCGGAGCCAGGCUCAGGGUGUCUAACAUCAUGAAACUAAGACAGUAUACAACGAACAUAAAAACAGGCAAUCAAUUAGUUAAAAUACAUCCUAAAAUUAGUUCUGAGCAAAUUAAAAUCUGGAGAAAUGGCAGUCCACGGGUAAAAUUGAGAGUGGUUAAUAUUCUCCUGGGCCAACUGUUAACAAUGGUCUUAUAAAGGACCUGUGAGCGGGCUAGGAGGCCUCUUCAAUGUUUGUUCUUAUACAGAAAGAAAAGAAUCAGACUGAACCCUGACCAAAGGCCUAGCGGAACACCUCCGCCUUGCAGGCCCUGUGGAAAGAUGACAAAUCCCACAGGGCCCUAAUCUCUUGUGAGAAAGCAUUCCACCAGGCUGGGGCCACGGCCGAAAAGGCCCUGGCUUUGGUCGAGGCCAGUCUGAUCUCCCUGGAGCCUGAAAUCUUCAGGGUGUUAUUAUUUGCAGACCUUAAGGUCCUCCGUGGGGCAUACCAUGAGGCUAGGGGCACCUUUUACCAGAUUGCCAGCUAUAGUCUUUCCCAAAGGAGGUGAAUCUGACCUCAGUUUAUAGUCAUAACAUUUGCUAUAUUCAGACUGCCCUGUUACAAUUCUCUCUAUAUGGAGCUCCCUUUAACGUUUGGGAAACCACAAUUGCUACAAAAUGUGACUGAACGGAUUCUGGUAGGAGCAAGGCAGUCAGAAUGUACUGCACCAAUUCUGCACCAAUUACAUUGGCUCCCAAUUUGUUUCUGGGUUCAAUUUACAGUGCUGGUAUGUAAGUGUCCUGGACCUAUCUUACCUUAAAGGCCACACAGUCUUUAGUGGUACAAUCCAAUCUGUUACCUCAUUCCUUUCCCCUUCUGUUUUUAUAAAAACCAGGGAUUACUCUGUGGUUGCCCCAUGGAGCUUCAAAGCAGGGUUGGGUGAGCAUUUUCUUCUCCCGUCUGCUGGAUCUCCAGGCACGGUCCAGUAGGUCUGGGUGGGUUUUCCUUCUCCUUACUAGUCUUGGUAUUCCAGUGGGAGUUGAUAUUUUCAACCCAUGCUAGUUCAUUAGGCCUAGAGAAGUCUAGUGCUCCUCCCACCCCACACAAGGGCUAAAUUCUUGCACACCAAGGCCCUAGUUCAGACCAGCUCCCCUCCCCCAGCCUACACUGGCUAUUUCUGAUGCAAACUCACACACACACUGCACUCAAGGACAAAGUAAUGUCACAUACAGUUUGGCUCUGUAUGUGAGCAAUCUAUUCCAAAUGUGUGUCUUGAUGAUAAAGGUGUUUUAUCUCAGAACAGGAACUGUCCAUGCUUAAAAAGAUAAAGGUAAAGGGACCCCUGACCAUUAGUUCCAGUCGUGACCAACUCUGGGAUUGCGGCGCUCAUCUCGCUUUACUGGCCGAGGGAGCCGGCGUACAGCUUCUGGGUCAUGUGGCCAGCAUGACUAAGCCGCUUCUGGCAAACCAGAGCAGCGCAUGGAAACGCCGUUUACCUUCCCGCCGGAGCCGUACUUAUUUAUCUACUUGCACUUUGAUGUGCUUUCGAACUCCUAGGUUGGCAGGAGCAGGGACCGAACAAUGGGAGCUCACCCCAUCGCGGGGAUUCGAACUGCUGACCUUCUGAUCGGUAAGUCCUAGGCUCUGUGGUUUAACCCACAGCGCCACCCACUUAGGUGCCCUCAUAAUCUGUAUGUACCUCUGUACCAUCAUUGCAAAGCUGGAGCAACUAAAUUGCAAGAGUUCUGUGAUAGUAUACAAAGCAAACUCUGAAAGUACUUUAAGAUGACGUGGCUUUUUACCAUUCAGAAUCAUUUGUGAGCCCAUCAAUAACAUAUUCCUUAAUUUGCUGGCUCAUAGGAACAUAGUAAGCUGCCUUCUACCAUUGGUCCACCUAGCUCAGUAUUGUAGGCAAUGGAUGGUGUCCACCUAGUCAUGUAUAUGAACUUCAGUGGGUUUACUCUGAGUAGGACGAGCACCGGCUAUCACCCACUGACUGAUAGUGAUGAUCCAUGGUUUUAGACAGGUGACACCUCAAGCUCUACAUGGGGAUGCUGGGGAUUGAACCAGGGACCUUCUGCAUGCAAGGCCGUUGCUCUACCAAUGAGCUACAGAUCAUCUCUGUGUGUUCAGCUCAUGUUCCACAUUCUCUUUCUCCUCCUCUGGUUGCCUUAUCUGAUAGCUGGUUGCAGUUUGUCACUCUUUCAUAGGUUAGAAGCAUAUCUGAAAGGGGUCAAACCAUCGCAAGAGGUGGUGAAAUUUUGGGAGGUUGGGUAGUUACAAUGGAAUGGUCUUGGUAGUGGGGUGCAUAUUUUUAUUCUUAUUUAUGUAUGAUUUUUACUUUGUCAAAUAAUAAUAAUAAUAAUAAUAAUAGAAGCAUAUCUGAAAAAAGCAAGAACAGCAACCAAGAUCUUCAUUUUACAAUUCUGUUACUAAUGAAAUUGGCACCAAGUACCGUAUAUUUGUUCCUAGCUUUGUCAGAGCAGCAAUGGCAUGGAGCAGAUGGAAGAGCUUUCUGAUAAAAAUGGAACAUCAGGGUUGCUCGCAUAGCAGUGCUGAAAAACGCAUCUGCUCAAUUGUGUGUGUUUUCGGAGAUCCUGGUGCAAGCUUACCCUGAAUCCCAAGGCUUCCUGCAGGCUUGUUCCCUGGAUUGACCUCUGCUUUAGCUGUCCUUCCAAGAUUCAUGAUAAGGGCCGUGCAAGCCAAGUUAUAUGAGGCCAUUAAAAACUCAUCAUUUACCAGCCAGCAGCUAAUGCAGUACCAUUAAAUCCAUUAAAGGGGCAAUAUCAUCAAAGGGCCUACUUUGUUUUUUAAGCUGAAAUAAAUAGGUGUAUGAAAAGGUGUCACGUGGUCGCCUUAAAUCCGGUCCCUCAUAUCAUAUCACUAGACCGUGUUCUGUUCAACCUGCUUUGAUAUCCCGAAAGCUCCGCUUUGAUCAGAGACUUCACAGGAUCCAGAUCACUUGCUGGGUCCCUUGAUGUUGGCGGCUGUUGCUUUUGUGAGGCAUUAGACGCGGUAGUAACAAAAGGCCCAAAUAAGUCAAUCUGUUCUGUGCUGAUUCUGGGCACUUCAGAGGGUUUAACCCUCCAGCUCUUGCCUCCACCUAGCAUGUAUUGUGCUCUCUGUGCGCAUUGUGGUGAAGUAGAGGAGCCACUUUCCUUUUCCUGUUGUGGGCCAUUAGUCAUAUCAAGUCCCAGGCAACUGGAGCAAGUCCCGUCCUCCUCUGUAGAUCACAGAACAGUGGGGUUAGGUGGGACAUUUUGCAUGAGUGUGAGUUCCAUGUCUGGGAGUUGGAAAAUGAGCUUGCUCUGGAUGGGUUCAUGCUUCUUUGGAAGGAGCAAUUGCAUAGCAUAGAUGUACUUUUGGAUCCAUCAUUGUCACAGGAAGCCUAGGAGCCCCCCAAGCACCCCACAGUUGCCCACGCUCUCAUAUUCCUCACUAUAACAUACUGCGCACUUCAUUGUCCAACAUUCUCCCCCUGUCUGAGUCAUUAUACACCUACUCUCCAGGAUCUGCAUAUGCUUCUGAGACCAACUUAAGUUGGCAAUGUGAUUUUUUCUUGAUUUUAUUGUUUUAACUGCUUUGAGGGUUGUUGUUUUACAAUCAAGCAGCCUAAGCACCUAAAGAAGCUCCCUGCCUGACCACUGAGAUCAGCAGGGGCUGCUCUUCAUUUGAUCUCACCAAUCGGUGUUGCACUCUUACCUUUCAAGGUGUGUCAGGUGUCCAGCUUUUGUUGUCAGGUUAAAAUGUGUUCAUUCACACCUGGCUUUUGAGGCUUUUAAAUGCUGGGUGCUAGGCCAUUGGUUUUCUAUUGGUAUUGUGAAUGUGUACUGUUGUUGUUGUUUAGUCGUUUAGUCGUGUCCGACUCUUCGUGACCCCAUGGACCAGAGCACGCCAGGCACUCCUGUCUUCUACUGCCUCCCGCAGUUUGGUCAGACUCAUGUUUGUAGCUUCAAGAACACUGUCCAACCAUCUCGUCCUCUGUCGUCCCCUUCUCCUUGUACCCUCCAUCUUUCCCAGCAUCAGGGUCUUCUCCAGGGAGUCUUCUCUUCUCAUGAGGUGGCCAAAGUAUUGGAGUCUCAGCUUCAGGAUCUGUCCUUCCAGUGAGCACUCAGGGCUGAUUUCCUUAAGAAUGGAGAGGUUUGAUCUUCUUGCAGUCCAUGGGACUCUCAAGAGUCUCCUCCAGCACCAUAAUUCAAAAUGUGUACUGUACAAUUGGGUUAAUGUACAGUAUGUGUUGAUAUCCUAAUGAUGUGAUGGGAUUUUGUAGGUUUUAUUUGUACUGUGAAAACUGCUCCGUGGUUUUAUUGUUUUUAAUGAAGAACAGUCUUCAUUAAAUUCAGUUGCCUUAUCAGAUGUGGCCGAACUAUUUACUCCAACUGGUUGCAUUUCUCCAGAGAUUCUGGGACUGGUCUUUCGCAGCUGGGAAUUCAAAGCCAGAGAGAAAUGAGGAACUGAACAUGGAACCUUCUGGAUGCAAAGCAAUUAACAAAAACAACAACAGCAAGCCCUCAGGACUCACCCCAGGCACUUUUGCUAGGUCACACCCCUCACCGGCCCUCCUUCACACCCCCUUUGAGUGCCUUUGCUGGGUUGGAAAGUAUCACUGAAACUUGAUAAUGUUUCUUGCUUGGAGAACAGGGAGAUAUAAAUGUGUGUAGAAACCACUGACCUUUAUGUGGAUGUGCAAAUUUAGGGGUCACUUUUGCUACUCCUUUUGCAUCCCCAAUGGCUUGUGGCCUCCAGAAGGUUCUCCAUGAAGGAAUGCGGCCUCCAGGCUUCCCACCCCUGCUGUAGUGGUUAGGGUCAGACUGAGGCCAGGGUAACCAACUCUCAUCAGCCAAGAAUUCUGAUUGGGCUAGUCCCUCUCUUUUGAUUAGGAAAGAUGAUGGCUCCACUGCACAGCACUUGCGUCUCACACCAGAGCUCUCCAGUUCAAGCUCUAGGUAGGGUUGGAAAAGUUGUGUGAAAUCCUAGUGAGCUACUGUCACUGUGUUGACACUAUUGAUGGAUGAAUGAUCUGGAUUGGCAUAAAGCAACUCUCUUAUGUUUCCAUCCAGAGCUACUUCAGCAGUAUGAGAAAUCUGCACUGCUCAAUUGGUGGUAGAUAAGUAUGCAUCACUGGUCAAUUUCAGUUCACAUGCUGAAGAAAAGGAGACAAAAUUUCCAGGGCUGUUUGAAGUAUCUGGAGUCAAAGAAAACUCAAUGGCUAUCCCUCUUUGUCAAAUCAGUCGUGUGUGAUAGCAGAAAUCAAACCAGCUCAGCCCUAUUUCAGAGCUGCCGAUACGGUUUCCCAGGAGUUGUUCAAAAAUUAAAUCCAUCACUAUAGGUAGGAUUUAUUUUUUUGCAACACAGGCUUGCCAUGUAACCAAGACGUACUCCUAAUAGAUAAGCUGUAAUUACUGCUCUAUGGUACAGUCACUGAAUUCUUCAUUUGUUCCGGGGUUUACAUUGCACCAAAGGAAGAUUAGGGUCAGCUCUGUGUUGCUUAAAUAAUUUGCCUGGUACGGCAGUUUGCUGGGAUUGAGAGGAGCAGAAUCACAUUGCAACUCAAGGGCAAAGCAGUGGUCUGUGCAUUCACUUUUGUUUCUUCAGAUCAGGUUGAACAACUUCACAUGCAAGCUGUACUGAUUAUACUUGGGAACUAUUCAGACAAGCCUUCAUUUUCUUGGUUGACAAAAAUUCACCCUUCCAAAAGCUGUGUAUAUAUUGAACUAGUCUGCCCAGACACUCUGUCUUUGUGCUACCCUUUCCCUUCAUGGCACAAGGAUAAAUAAGGAAGACCAACUAACAAUAAUCUCCUGUCAUGUCAAACCAGGAAACUGGUUACUAGGUUCAGAACAAACCAGGAUCUUAAGCCAUGGUUUGAGUUUUGAUUCUGGCUUGUUCCAAACCUGGUAAUCAUAGGUUCCCAUUUCUGCACUAACAGAAAACUAUGGUUAAUCGAAGACCUUAAUGUUUAAUAAUGGUUCACCAAGAAGGAAGUGGGGGGCAGCUAAAGUGUGCCAAAUGCAGGACUAAUUCAUAUUUUACUUGUUUUACAUGUAAUAUAAGUAUACUAUAAAGAGGGGUAUUAUUGAAGAUAAUAUUGGAUUAAAUGGACAAAUAAACAAACCAUGUCUUAUAGAUGCUUAUGCAGGAAAACACUAUUGCUUGCUGUUAAGAGACUGCAGUGGACUGUAGGGGAGGUCAUGAUGUUUACAGGGACCCUAGUAUGCUGCAUUUAAUUAUAUAUAGAAGGGAGGGAUGCAAUAAGAAGAACACCUGCCACCAGCUUUACCACUAAUAAGCAUCUCUUGAGGAAACUGAUUCUGUGUGACGUCUGCAUUUCCUCCCAUUCCAGCUUGUGUAGUGCUGGUGCAGGAACAUAGUAUACUAGAAAAUAAAUAUUCUCCAACACACACACACACACACACACACACACACACACACAGAGAGAGAGAGAGAGAGAGAGAGCGCUGUUUUCAUCCUUAAAAAAAUAAUAAUCCAGAAUCCAUGGUUAGGAGGAGAGAGAGUAAAAACUGGCUUGAUUUUGAAGCCACAAAGUCUACAUUUAGUCACAGUUUUAGGAUGGAGCUGAGUAACUGCUGGAUUUUAUAUUUUCAAAAAUGUGGGAUUAGCUCCUGUAUGUUUCAUUCCCCCAGCAAUCCUAGCAUGGCACCUAGUUGAUCCUAAUCCAAUAAAGUCUGCUAGCGCAUCCUACACUCUAUCUUGCUACUGUGACUAAAUGCAGACUUUGUGGCUUCAACAUCAAGCUUCCACCUCAGUUUCUCCCCUCCCCCAAUUUACUUAUUACCCAGCCUGAAGACUUUUGGAGAGUUCAAAAGCUUCCUCACUAUUUUGUUCAUUUGUUUCACAAAUUUAUAAACUUCUUCACUGCCAGAAGCUACCCUAAGCAGUGAACACCACAAUAUACAAUGAAAUAAAAUGCAAAAGGUUACUCCUAAAAACAAAUUAAAAUUUUCUACAAUUAUUUGAUUGCAGUUCCACAAAAUGGUUGGCUCACAAUUGGACCUUCUUAAAUAAAAAUGCCUUUUAAAAUUGUGACAUUUUUGUCACAUUUUGGCUGUCUUUAGAAAAAAAGCUGUUGCCUAACCUUUGAAGAAAAUAUGCGGACCACAUUCUAAGCCAUACUUUCAGCUACUGCAGUGUAUUAAAUAAGAGAGCAGUUGUAUACAAUCGAGGCAGCAGAGAGCCCUUUGCAGCCUACUGAGUGAACAUUUGCCUUCCAAUCAGAGUUUCAGAUAAACCAAUGCAGUGCUGAACAAUACUAGAAAAACUGUGGCCCAGAUUUGACAUUUGGGGCCUGCAAUAACCUGCUGAACCUUAGCAGAGCCAAGGCCAGUCUUGAGGACAUCUGCAUAUGAUACCUUGUGCAAUUCAGGUGCCACAAGUAAGAAUUGCACAUAGCUCACCAGGUUCAUGUAAGAUGCAAUAUGCACGAUGCUAGGACUGCAUAUUCUCCUCAACCGAUCAGGUCAGGCGAUAACCAAAUUUCUGAACUUGAAACCAUGGAAGUGGUGUAUGAGCUGGGUAAAUUACUUGCAUUAAUAUACACAUGGCUGGUCAAGGGUGGGUGGGCAUUGUGCCCUACUUUGCAGAGGCCAGACCUCUCUUUGAAGGAGUCCUCUGUUUGAAGGGCUGUCCUGCCCAAGGCCUGUUUAAAGAUAAAGAGCCAACAAGAGGAGAACAAGGACCUUGAAGUCACCCAUCAGCAGUUAAUACCUAGAUAGCAGACUGAGUAGACACGCUGGCUGCCUGGUCACAAUCUACUAUGGUGAUACAUAUGAAAUUUCAUAUGUUUCCUCCUGUUUUCUUUUCCUGAGCAGAGAUAAGCAUGGUGUCAGUUCCCUAAAAAAAGGUUAACAACUUCGGGGUUCCCCCUCUAAAAAUGGAUGUGCGCUGCAUAUGCACAUCCAUUCCAUGUGAGUCACCUUGUAGACUCCUGCAUAUACAAUGAGUACCUGUUCUCUUCAUCUUCAUCUUCAUCUUCCUCCUCUCAUUACACUCUGUCUCCCUCCCUCUGCCAAACUGAUGUCUUCUUUUCCCAUUAGCUGUCCAAAUCACAUAUUAACUGCAGGGGCUAGGAUAGCCUGCUGACCAUAGCUCAUGUACAUGAUACAAGCUAAUUCCAGGCACUUUCAGGGGGAAUCUGUUACUUCCCACCCUGACACUAUGGGGUUCACCUAAAAUUUCUCCUUCCCCAAGAGUCUUCUUUCCACAGAACUUUAAUUUUUUUAAAAAAAAUAAUUGCUCUUAGUGUGGAUAAACCUGAGUUUUUCUUCCUUCUGACUGGGUAUAGGAGUGGGCUGUACAUGUUGGCAAGCAAACUUUGCGUGGUACAGCAGACAUUUGCUUAGAAAUGUUUGAGAGUAGAAGAGUAGGUUUGCUUAGGGUCACAUCUUUCUGACUAUACAGAACAAUAUUUGUGACGGUAUUUUCUAAAGCCAUAGAAUCUAAUGUGAUAAACAAGCGUGGCCAGUAAUAGUCUGAUUUUCCUUCCUUAGAUUGUUGUUUUUCGUUUUUCUUUUUCCUCUGCUGCAAAACUGGAGAAAAGUGCUCAUUAUGGUAUAAAAUUUUAUUGCUGUUCGCUUGGCCAGUCUUUCCAAAUAAGUGCCAAUAAAAUUUUUUAUAGCACCCUGUAUCACUACAUACUCUUUAUCUUGUUUAUUUGUGUUUUUGUCCUUGGUUUACAUAUCUUUCCCCUCUAGAAGGCAUGGUUUCCACGGAAACUAAUGAAGGCCCUAUGCCAUGGCUGUAUCCAUGGCAAAUGGAGACCUGGUACUAAGAAGCAUAAUAAUACAGGAAGAAUGUGGCACACAACUAUUUGACAUCCCUCCCCUAAAUCAAAGUCAGCCAGGGUAUUCAUCUCCCAAAGUCUUCCAUUUAAAUGACAACAUCUGCUGGCCCUGCUGUAGCUAAGAUCAGAGAUAUCACACAGAAGCUGUGGUACAACUACCAAAAGGUUUUCACCUGCUACCUCCUCCUUGCCUCCCCUCCCCUCCCAAUUUUAUCUUAUUUUGAAAACUGUAGUGCGUGCGUGCACACAGAAACAAAGCAGAGUGCUUAAGUUUAAUAGCUGGGGAAUAUAAGAGGAUUCCAAGAUAUGGUCAGCACAGGCCUCUCAAUCACUAAUAAAAUAUUUAAAUUCAUAUCUUUGCGGGCAGGAAGUCAAUGUAGAGCAAAAGCUCAACAGUAAUGCUAUCUCUGGACCAGGCUCUGAUGGCAUAAUGAGUAGCUGGAUGCAUUUUAUCCAGCUUGGAGGUACAAAAUUCACUUGGAGGUACCAAAAACUCACUGUGUGUGCAGACUCUCAUGAUGCUUCUCCAUCUCUGGGUGAUGUUGUGGUAUCUUUAUGCAGGAAGCUCAUACUUUACAGCAAGAGUGCCAUAAAUAUUUCUUUAUAAACGUAAUACUCACAGAGACUUACAAACACAAUAGAAAUGCUAAAACCAUUUACAAUGAAUACAAUCAACUAUUGUAUUAUUAUUAUUAUUAAUAAUAAUAAUAAUAAUAAUACAAUCAACUAAAACAAAACAAAAUACCUGUACUGGUCUAGUAGAUCUUGCCCCACCAAAAGAAGCCGCAAAUAGAAUCAUAGAAUUGCAGAGUUGGAAGGGACCUCAAGGGUCAUCUAGUCCAACCCCUGCAAUUGUGGAAUCUCAGCUGAAGCAUCCACGACAUAUGGCCACCCAACCUCUGCUUAAAAGCCUCCAAGGAGAGACCAUUCCACUGUCCAACAACUCUUACUGUCAGAAAGUUUUUCCUAAUAUUUAGUCAGAAUCUCUGUACUUGUAACUUGAAGCCAUUGGUUCGAGUCCUACGCUCCAGAGCAAAGUAAACCUUUCAAAUUAAGAGCCAAAAGCCCAGGUAAAAAGGAAGGUUUAUGGUAUUAUUUGCCAUAGGUGCCAAAAUAACCUGUCCAGCCUUAGGUACUGUAUACCAUGACUUGUGUGAAGGCAGGCAUGCCAUCUGUUGUUCUACCUUAGUCAGAAAAAAAUAUCUUGAGCCAGCUCAGUAGUUAAACUGAGGUGUCACAGGCACCUACUGAAAUAAGUGCUUUUUACCUCAUAGCUCCCACCAUUUUGAAACCACUUUUGCCUCAGAGUUUUCUUUUAAUGCUUUUCUGAAUGUGAGGCAUUCAUCUAGCCUUGUGAAGUUUAGAAAAACAUUCCGUUGUCUGUGAUUAAUAGCAGCAAGACUGCCGCCCCCGGUCCACAAACAAACAAAAAAACAAAUAAUCCAGACACUUUUUUUCACCCUUGGUAAGUUUAUGCCCCUUACAUGGUGUGUGUGGAGGGAGGGUGCAUUCCAGGGAUGGGGAACCUGCAACCCUCCAGAUAUUGUUGAACUACAACUGCCAUCAUAUCUGACAAUUGUCCAUGCUGGCUCGAACUGAUGGGAGUUGGAGCCUAACAACAUCUGGAGGGCCACAAUUUACGGGGUAUUGGGGUGCAAGAAAAGUACUUCUUUAGUGUUGGGAAGAAACCCCUUUUGCUGUUGCCACAGCCACAGACCCUGGCUUCCCAAAGCACCCCUUUAUUUAUUAGGGUGGGAAGUUACAGUUGGCGUUCCCAUGAUGUGUGGAAGAUAAAAGAGCGGGUGAAUUUGCUCCAGAGUUCUGCUAGGUCAAAAGAUACUCAACAGAACAGAGGUCUGGCAGUCUUUUGCAUAUUACCCAAUACUUGAGAGACAGACAUUGUAAACGACAAGGCAACAUUCUUCAGCAGCCUUUUAAUUCCUGGGAGGAUCCCAGUCCCAUUGCAACCAGUGGAUGAUUCUAUUCUAUUUUUUAAAGGAAAGGACAUAACAAGACUAUGGUGUUCCAUGCAGCCAGAGAGCUCUUUCGUAAAACAGAGGGCCCCUGUUUAAUCUUCAAAUCAUGAUAUUUAAAAUGUUAUUGUGUUGGCUGAACAUUGUGUGUGAAGUGACUGUUUCAAGGCCCUUCACUUCAGAGCAAGCAAGACUGGAAGAGCUGGUCUGUAGUCUAUGCCUGCCAAAGCCCAGUGCUGAUGAAAAGCCCAAGGCUGCGUUGAAGUGUAAUUCUGCACACUUAAUAGCUGUGUAGCAAGGAGAGGUUGCCAGUCAUGGCUUAUCUAGUAACUAAUGCUGAAGUCAUCCGAACUGCAACUGCUGCCUGCCAGGCUUUACCCUGCUCUGCAGAUAUUAUAUAAACCUCUAUGUGCCAGGCCUGGGCUAUUCUCCCUGUGAUGAAGGAACACAGCCUUCUCUAGUGGUUAGUGUUAUGUACUGAAGUUCUCACCCUGGGCCAGCAGGGGGAUACUGUAGAUAGUUAUGCAAAUGAAGGAUCGAAAGUGACGUUCAGUGAUUGGAUAGUUUUAGAAAGUUGCUACAAUUACGUUGUUCUGGAGCUCUAUAUAAGCAGGCUGACUGAGCUCUUCAGUUCAGUUCUAUUCUGGCCUCUGAAUAAACAAGAGCUGUUGAAGAAUCGCUGUGUCGUCUGAUAUGUUCGCCCACAACUUAACAGUUAGACCUCAAGAACUGGCCUCCUUCUGUAUUAUGGGCUAUGUAUUCAUUCAUGCACCAAGCACAUUACACUGAGUUUGUUAGACAGGAGUUCAAGCUGGGUGCUGUCCCUGAGCUCAGGCUGAAGGAGGCACGUGCAAGAACCUCGUGAAUCUUAACAGGCCAGGAUAACUCAUGAGACAAAAUCCAGUUCUCUACAAUUGCUAAUCAGGCCUGCUAUCUGGUCUGAAAAAGUUACUUUGCCAGCCUCUGUUCCCUAUCACAGACUUGCCUCAAUAUUGCCUCUUCCAGUGCCUUGCGUAUACUUAGCUAGAACCCUGCUCCUUAUUUGAUAGGUCAGGAGUAGAGCACAGAUGAAGUUUAAUCCUUAGCAUACCUUAUUGGAUGUGUGUGUGUGUGUGUGUGUGUGUGUAAAAGAAACAGGUGAUGGGAAAUGCUUUGGUUAAAGAUGCUGCCAGGCAGAGUAGCCAGUGCUGGACUGGAUGGACUAAUUGUCUGACUCAGGAUAAGGUAGCAGCUUAUGUUUCGUUCAGUGUUUUCCUCCACAAACUCUUCUGCAUCUGGGUCUGACAGCUUGUGACCUCUCUUUCAGGGAUGUGAUGAGGCCAUACACAGUAGAAGCUGUAAACUGUCUUGCAAACUCUCUGAAACAGAAAGAGCCAUUGUGGUGGUGUAGUGAUUAAGACAGUCAGAUUCGGACUGAGGAGAGUCCAAUGGCCACUCAGCCAUGAAACCAGUGGGGUGAGCCUGGGCCAACCCAUAUCUCCCCAUCUAGCCUACCUCACAGAAUUGUUGCAAGGAUAAAAUUGUGUAUUGGAAGUGGGGGCCCACAGAACUUAUUGGCGGAAGAGCCAGAUGAAAAUGUAAUAAAUAGAUAAAUAUACCUGUUGUCAGAGAUGAAGGAGCCUCAAACUAUGCUUUUAAAACCAGUGAGACAAAUGUCCACAGUCUUGCCUGUGAAAGGUGUGUCUGAUAAUGAUCAUUACUUGCAGCUCCACGUCUUGUCAGAAGAAAGGAGUUAAUUUGAAGUUUAAAUAAACCUCCAGUUCAGCACUCCUCUCUCCAUACUUCGGUGCCAGAAGGAAAUCCCCUUUCAGUGCUGGUUACCAACUGUGCAGAUUAGUAAGGUCUUACGUGAGCUAAACAGUUUUUAAAAAUUGACAUCCCUUGCUGUGGUAGGAGCAUAUCAUUAAGGGCUAUUUAGACAAAGAACAUAAUAAAAGGGUCAAAGCCCUCCUAUCCUAAGGGAGAAAAGCAGCAAUCUCAUUCCCACUAUAAACAUUUUGUGCCUUUGUUUUGAAGAUUGUAAAAGCUUGCUUUCUCCAUUUCCACUUCUCUGCUUCUAGAGGAAUGGAGCUCACCUGACUGUGGUUUCAUAAUUAAGGCUUUAAAUUGUAGCAGCUUAUAGAAAUAGCUUCCACCUAGAAUGUAAGGGCUAUUGAAUGAAAUAAAAAGCACAAGUUUGGUCGCCAAAUCCAUUUUUUUAAUAACCAAUAUGGAAUUGCUGCUGCUCAUAGCCAUUUCUGUAGCACUACCAGAAAUUGCAAGCUCUACCGUUAAGCUGAGUGAGGUUGAUUACUUCAGGUGGCAGAUUUUUGGGGGAGCCUUUAAGCAAGGGAUAGGAAACUGACAAUUCUUACCCCAUUGUAGAACCACUCAGAUUUUCUGCUUCAGAGGCCAAAUGUAUUGGGCUGUCUUUACAGGAUGCUGUGGUCUGAGCAGACUUCUGCCUACACCAAUCCUGGGGAAAGCCAAUGGGAUCUCUUGCAGGAACAGUGCAGUGAAACAACAAUUUUAAGAAGGUUCAGGAACUAAAUAUUAUUACUAAGGGUAGAACUGUGGGAGGGAGCAGAGACACGUUUCUAUGUCAGUCUGCAAAUAAAGAAUGGGACACAAUAGAAGACGUAGCUGUAGUAGGGUGACUAUGUAGAGAAAUGUCUCCCUUUCCCAAAUAAUUCAUGAAAAGGUUGCAUGAUGUUUGCUAGGCCCUUCCUCUUUCAGGUUUUCCAGAAUUCUUGUGGAAGCCCUUUUUUCUGAGGGGCAGAAAGGAAAGCCUUAUUUUUGAAUUGUUUGACAGCCAGAAUGUUCACAGAUGGCUUUGGAUUCACAUGACCAACCCGGAAACAACGUAGUGCAAAUGCUAGCCAGCCAGUAACUAUUUUACGGUACUUUCUAGCUGUUAUAUAUCCCAAACAGCAUGCACAGAAAGCCUAGAAUUCAAAGUAAUGGGGCACGUUCAUUUUCCAAUAGCGUGAUUUUGGAAUAAUCAAAUGAGCUCUGACUCAUUGUUUGUAUGUUUCUGGGGCUUGCAACAAAGGAAGGAAAGGAAUAAUACGAGAUUCAGUUGCAUCUCCAGAGAAAGCUGUAAUUAGCUGAUUGAAAAGGAAUUUGGCCUGAACAUCCAGUUAACAUCCCAUGGUUUUGGCCAUGCUAACCUAGUAUUCGGUCAAGUAGAGAGAGCUGUAACUUCCCUGAAGACUGGCUGGAGUCUUUUGGUUAACGUAAUAGUUUCCCAUUCUGGCCAUGAUCCCAAACACACUAAUUUGUAAGUGAGCAUCAUAGAUUUCCAUGUGAUUCUGAAAUCUGUGAUAUUUAGCAAGAAAUAUCUUUAGGAGGAAGGGGUACUCAGUGUAGCUCAGUUGAAUAUGUCAUACACAAAUAUAAACAAACCUUUAGUCACCCGUUUCACUAGCAUAAAAUAAUUGCUGCUUUCUUUUUCAGGCAGUAAGACCACAUUCUCUACCUGUGGAAGGUCAGACUGAAUGGCUCAAGACUUUGAUAUCAAUUCUCUGCUUAGGUAAGUGCCCCCCCCCCAUUUUUCAUGCCAAUUUCAACUCCCUUAUUCACCAACCUGUACAUUCAUGCACAGAAUCAGCAUAAAAUACGCACAUCUUCCCACAUCUUUAAAGGCUGGACCAUACUUGUUCAAUUGCACCAUCAUGAUCAUGCAAAUCACAUUAACUGCACAUCUUCAAGGAAGAUGCCAUUUCUCACAAACAAUCCCUUCCCAUAAACCUAGCCCAACAGCCAUCCUGCAUCCUCUCAAGAUAGCACCCCCUCAGUGGUGAACUAGCCAUAACACUGCCAAGGAAGAAGAAAAGGGCUUGAUUCUAUUUUUCUAGAAUCACAGUACAAAACGCAAGGCAAAUUUAGAGCAAAUUCUCUCAGAGGCAAUUUGGAAAUAAAUGUUCCCAUGGCCAGAUUGGCUAGUGAAUGGUUUUGGGUUGUCCUUCCCUGAAACAGUUGAACUUGGCCGACUGGUUUCAGUCACCCAGACACAAUUGCUAUGUAAGCACCUUUCUGCCACGUACCUUCUCGGAGCUUGAGAUUUACUGUUCAGAGCUGAGUAUGUUGCUAUGCAGAGGACUGAUGAAUUGUGGCCCUGCUUUUCUUCAUGCCAUUAUUGGGCUAGGUAGUUGGUGUGUUGCCUAUAACUAAUCAGUUUUACUCUAGGUGGCUUUAUGGAAAUGCAGGAAAUAUCCAGACACCUCCCUCUCCUCCUCCUUCCCCCUGCUGCUGCUACUAAUUGCUCUUCUUCCUCUGUCCCAGGUGACAGAAGUAGAGGCAGAGCCAUACUUUUAAAUGUCUUACAGCACAACUUUACUUCUAUAGUCUUUUAUUAUACCUUGCAACAUUUAAACCGGCAUGGGAAACCUGUGACCCUCCAGAUAUCAUCAUCAAACUACAACUCCCAUCAGUCCCACCAAACAUAGCCAAUGAUCAGGCAUACUGGGAGCUGUAGUUCAGCAACAGCUGGAGGGCCAGAGGUUCUCCUACACCUGAUUUAAAAGGUAACCUUGUUGCUGGUUAUAUGUUUCAUGUGAAUUACUUUGAGGGGUUUUAUAACUCCCAAUGUUGUAUAAAACUUCACAGAUUUUCCCCAUGGAUAAGAGCUGUCCUCAGAGCAUCCAAGGGUUAUUGUUUAAAUAACCUCUCUAGGGCUGAUCUGUGUGAGCCUGCGCAGCUACUGGAAUUGUGCUUCCAACACCCAGAUACAAAGGCAUGCAUCUCACUGUGCAGCAGGGCAGAGGACCAGACCUGUCUGUUUCCCUGCUUCAAGAAGGCUGGAGCUUAGAAGGGAGGUGCUGCUUUAAAAAUGAAGCACCAGGACUGCAAGCUUAUGGGACCUGGCAGCUCUAUCCCUUCUUGAUCUGGGCAGGUGCUUCCUUGUACUUUCCCCUCCUCCUGAAUAUCCUCAUGUGCAACUAGCCUAGAUCAUACUGAGAGGGGAGAAACGCAUACUCGCCAAGUGUCCUGUUUUAAGUGGGACAUCUCAGAUCACAGAAGCCAAUCCCGGCUUCUCUUUGGAUGAAAGAAUGUCCCAUUUUUGGGCCUGGUGGUCUGGCACAAGUCAGACUACCAGAGUCUGGUCCACCAUAGCGCUGGACCAGAAGGUGCUGUGGCAUGAUCCUGCUGCCAAUUGCCAGACCAGAAUGUGUGCCCCUCCUGACAUCCUGAUUUUGGGGGUGGAAAAAUUGGAAGGUAUGCAAACAGUGGGGAACAUUGUGUUUCUUCUGUGGCUGUACGUGUUUGUUCUUCUAUCUAUUAGGGCCACUUAGAAUAAGUGCUCUGGUGGUUUAUAAGCAAAUCUUGGCAUGCCUUUCCUUUUCCUUUUUUUACUUUAUGGAUGACAAUCUUAUGCCUAUGCAUUUUAAAAGACACUGUCUAUUUAUUUUUUGGACUUGCAUCUUCUAUCCUGAUUGUCUUGUUUUAUUGCAGGAUGAUUUGGAAACUAGCUUUCUCCUUGUUUCUUGUGUCUACUCUGGUUCAAGUGUCGGAAACCAGGAAGAAUCGCCCUGCAGGAGCCAUCCCCUCCCCAUACAAAGAUAGCAGAAGCAACAACUCAGAGAGGCGGCAGCAUCUGCACAAAGAGGUGCUGGCCUCCAGCCAGGAGGCCCUGGUUGUCACAGAGAGGAAGUACCUGAAAAGUGACUGGUGCAAAACGCAGGCCCUGAGGCAGACAGUCAGCGAGGAGGGCUGCCUCAGCCGCACCAUCAUCAACCGCUUCUGCUACGGGCAGUGCAACUCCUUCUAUAUCCCUCGCCACGUGAAAAAAGAGGAGGAGUCAUUUCAGUCCUGCGCUUUCUGCAAGCCCCAGAAGGUGACCUCCUUCACAGUGGAGCUAGAAUGCCCUGAACUAGACCCACCUUUCCGACUUAAGAAAAUCCAGAAAGUCAAGCAAUGUCGGUGCAUGUCUGUGAACCUGAGCAGCGCAGGCAAGCAGCGAAAGUGAGGGCUUGCAGCUGCCCUUGCCAGAGUCGCCAUGGCCUCUCUUCCUUCACAGACAAACGAGAUGGUUGUUUUUCCUCCUCCUGGUCGAGUCAUUUCUGGAGCAGCGCCAUUGGCCACCUGGAAGUAAAGGCUGCUUUGGCUGGUCUAUUCAGAGGGUUCAUAAUCUAUUUACCAAAGCAGAUGUUUUGCCACUGGGUCUGUGUCACUCAAGGUGAAGCCCAGCAUCAAAUGUGGAAAUGAGCGUUUGGGUGGCCAGGGGUUUAAAUCCAAAAUUAACACUUCCACUGUGUGGGAAACCUUUUGGCCUUCACUCCAUCCAUCCUUUUGGAUGAAGAGAGAGGUCCAGUGAAUUCUUCAUAGCUUCUCCCUCUCAUUUUGGGGACUUUUCACUUGGUUUUUGACUGCCUAAUGCUGUUUUUUGGGGGCUGUAAUGCUGACAUGGAUACAUAUAGUAAAGAACAGUUAUGGACAACUAUGUUCUGUCUGGUCUGACUGAUAAGGUACAUGGGCCUUAUCUUCCAUGGAGAUAAUCAACCUGCCACUUUCCGACAGAGAAAGAGACCGAAAAUGGAUUUAUGCAUAUUUUCAGCUAGAUUGCCUCACGUUUCCACAGCAAUGUUUCACUUGUAAUGCAGCUAUAGCAAAUUGUUGUUAAACUUGUUAAUAUAGACAUAACCGCAUAUAUUUUGGGAGAUGACAAAGUAUUUGAAGGGCUAAAACAAAACACCUUAAUUGUUGGGCCAGAUUACUCCCUGAGAAUUACAGAGUUUUGCUAGUGUUUAUUUUCUCAGUAGAUUUUGCAUUAAUUUAAUUUUUUCCUUCCAUCAAUUCCCUUACCUUAACCUGUGUUGAAUCACUACUUUCGGGGAAGAAAACAACAUUGUGUUUAACCUAUUGAAACACAGUAGCAGAAAAGCAAAAUGUUGCAUUUCUUUGUUACUGAGAUGAACACAAAGAGUAAUUUAAACCAAUCGUUAUUUCCAAUGAACAGAAUUGUAUCUCUGUAGGGAAAAUGUAAUGUGUGAAGUGACCCAGUCAUCCUGAUUUCAUUCAAUGUCUCAUGCUAGGUUUUAGUAUGUUCCAAAUGUGGCCGUUGAGAUUCCUAAACUGGUUGGGCAACACCGAAAGCCGUGACCUAUUGCGUAUCUUGGAACUUUGCAUUCACGGCAGUUGCAGCUGAAGGAGUCCAAUGUUUUGAGGACUAUUUUCCUACGCUCCCUCGGAUAUGACCACUAAAGGGGUUAACAAAAUUGUUUGCUUCGAGCUGUGGGUUUGGUGCCAACUCAAGGGUUCAGUGGCACAGUUCUCUAUUAUGUGAGACCGGCUGUUUUAAGAGGCUUUGGGGGACUGAUCUCUGUUAGUGCUCACCAAUCGGUUUAUGGGGAUUGGCACGGGUAGGAGGGAUUGGGCAGGUAUGCUGGCCCUAUAUAAUUUUUUUCCCCUCCCUUGGUGUUACACAAUGGCAGAUCUGCAGUUGGGAAUGCACAGCAGAGAAGGCUGAGGCUUGCUUUCGAGAUUGCCGUUGUCGAACAUUAUUCCACUACUUACUCUAAGGUUUACCAAAGCACAUUUUGGACAAAGUGGAAGGGAGAGGAAGAUUAGAGUGCCUGUAACAUAAUGCACACACUUUUAUGGGUUAGGAUGGCUGCCUCCUGAAGAAAGGAAACCUAAUAUCGGGUUCCUCGGGCUGGAAACCAGUAACCAUUCAGUAACCACAUGAGGAAAAAUGUGAAAAGAAAGCAUCCUGUAGGGGGAUGGGCUCCUUACCAAUUUGUGAUAAAAAAGAGAUCUAUGCUGCAGGAGGGGUCAUGCGCCCUUUGGUUAGUUUAUGCUUAAAUGAAAGAGUUGAGUUGACCUUGUAAUGGUUCAUACUAUUUAAAUUUUUGUUUUAUAAAUGAAAACAAAAUGGAAGAAAUGUUAUAACUAUAAUGUAAUUAUUUUAUAGGUGUAUUAUUGUUAAAUUAUAGAACAAAUAAAGAUACUCUAGGAAUAUAUGGAAUUCAUAC